AGGGCUUUCUUGGAUUAAGUGGAGCAAUGCUUGUACAAGCGUAUCAUACAAUUCUCAACGACAACCCAAGCAGUUUCAUAUUGAUGCUUGCACUGUUGCCAACUUUUGUUUCCUUAUUGUUCAUGUGCCUGGUAAGAAUUAAUCAGACAAACAGUGGAGACAACAAGAAGCAUCUGAAUGGUUUCUCAGCAAUCGCUUUGAUUGUUGCUGCGUAUCUCUUGAUCUUGAUAAUCUUGGAAAAUGUAUUUACUUUUCCAUUCUGGGCACGCCUUCUUACAUUUGUAGUGCUUCUUCUUCUUCUCGCUUCACUUCUUGGGAUUGCGAUCAAAGCCCAACAAGAGGACUCACUGAGAUUACCACAAACACCACCCAACGAGAGGACCCUAUUAAUUGAUGAAUCUACAAUUGAUUCUGAGAAAUUCUCUACGGAGGAAGAUUCUAUCGAGUAUCUUUGUAAAAUGAAUCUCCUGCAAGCAAUGCGUACCAUAAACUUUUGGUUAUUGUUUAUCGCCAUGUUAUGUGGAAUGGGCUCAGGAUUGGCCACAUUAAACAACAUAAGCCAAAUUGGGGAAUCACUCGGUUACACAACUGUGCAGUUAAAUACAUUAGUUUCCUUAUGGAGUAUAUGGAACUUCCUAGGACGGUUUGGAGCUGGAUAUGUAUCAGAUAUAUUCCUUCACACACGAGGCUGGGCACGACCAUUGUUUAUGGUUCUAACUCUGGGAACUAUGACGGUUGGCCAUGUAAUCAUUGCUUCUGGUUUUCCCGGUAAUUUGUUUGUGGGUUCAAUACUAGUUGGAGUUUGUUAUGGUUCACAAUGGUCACUUAUGCCAACUAUCACUUCUGAGAUAUAUGGUGUUUUGCAUAUGGGUACUAUUUUUAACACCAUUACCAUGGCAAGCCCUAUUGGAGCUUCCAUACUGUCUGUGUUUGUAAUUGGCUAUAUUUAUGAUAAAGAAGCGGGUGAGGGGAAUUCAUGCUACGGUACUCAUUGCUUCAUGUUAUCUUUUUUCAUCUUGGCAUGUGUUAGUCUUUCUGGGUUUUUUGUUGCGUUGAUUUUGUUGUUCCGGACAAGGAGGUUCUAUAUGCAGAUUUUCCUCAGACGGCAACAACAUUUGGCAAUACAGUGAGAAGGAAAAAUGUAAUUUUUAUUUAUUUAUUUAUUUUUCUGGUUUUCUGAUGUUUAAUGUGAGCUAUGUUUGUGGAAGUGAGGUAAAAUAUGAGACAAUGCUGGUUUUCUUUCUGAUUAUAUGAAGUUCAUGUUAUUAUACUA